UUGUAAACAAAGUCAAUUGAUAUGAAACUAAAAUGUUAGCAUCGCCCCUCUUGGUCGGGUUUCUCUUAAUCGUCUUUGCUUAUCCGCGCAGUCGUAUUUCACAAGCGAAAAUAGUUGGCCGUUAUUCUACAUGGGUUUUCAAAUAGUUCCUGAAGGUUUGUAUCGUUUGUUUCCGAAUGCGGUGACACUCGUCACGUCGUUCGCAACUGUCCUUUUCUGUGUUGCUGGAACGGCUUUGUACCGACGUUACAAGUACUUUCGUCAAUGUAGCGUGAUUCCGGGUCCAUCAGCUCAAAUACCUCUUUUCGGAAGUUUCACCGAAUUUUUCCUCGAACCUGAAGAAAUUUUACCACAUUUUACGAAAUUAUACAAGACAUGGAGCAAGAAAUCAGUAACACGACUAUGGAUAGGACCUUUUCCUAUGUUUACCAUCGGUUCAGCCGAGGGCGCAGAGGUUGUACUUAGUAGCACCAAGAUCAUCGACAAGGGCCGGGAAUACGAUUUCAUCCAGGCCUGGUUGGCCACUGGACUUUUGACGAGCACAGGCAGCAAAUGGCAUAAGCGACGCAAAAUGUUGACUCCAACUUUCCAUUUCAAAAUCCUCGAGGAAUUUAUCCACGUCUUCAAUGAACAAAGUGCCGUACUCGUCGAAAAGCUGGGCGAGAAAGUCGGCCAGGAUUUUGACAUUUUCCCUUUCAUCACGCGAUGCACGCUCGAUGUCAUUUGCGAAACGGCCAUGGGACGCCAUGUAAACGCACAAGGCAAAAGCGACUCCGAUUACGUCCAAGCUGUUUACAAAGUGACCCGAAUUAUUCAAGCGAGACAGACGCGACCGUGGCUACAAAUCGAAUGGCUAUUCCGACUUUUACCUAUCGGUUCGGAGCAAAAGAGAUGCUUGUCCAUUCUUCACGGUUUUACGGAUAAGGUGAUUCGUGAAAGGAAAAUCGAGUACAAACAGCAAAAGGCCAAUGAGGAAAAAAAGGUUGAGGCACUAGCGGAAGACGAUGACUUUAUUCCAAAAAAAUCCCGAUUAGCGUUCCUCGAUCUCUUGAUUGAAGCCUCGCAAGACGGAAAAGUGCUCAGCGAUCUUGACAUUCGCGAAGAAGUUGACACCUUCAUGUUUGAAGGUCACGACACGACUGCAGCUGCCAUCAACUGGUCUCUAUUUCUUAUUGGAGGAAAUCCUGAAGUCCAAGAAAAAGUGAGUGAGGAACUGACACGAGUAUUCGGCGAAUCUGAUCGUCCAGUCACCAUGGCCGAUUUGAGCGAAUUGAAAUAUCUCGAGUGCUGCAUCAAAGAAGCCCUUCGUCUUUAUCCCAGUGUUCCUCUUAUUACUAGAGGACUCAUGGAAGAUGUAACAGUCUCUGGAUACAAUAUCCCUGUUGGAGCCACAGUGAUGAUCGCCCCCUAUAUAAUCCACCGCGAUCCGACUUACUUCCCUGAUCCGGAGAGUUUCAAACCGGAGCGUUUCUUUCCGGAAAACAUUCAAGGUCGACAUCCGUAUGCUUAUGUCCCGUUCAGCGCUGGACCUCGUAACUGCAUCGGGCAAAAAUUUGCUCAAAUGGAAGAGAAGAUUGUCCUCGCUUCCGUGUUACGUCGCUUCCACGUCAAAUCCUUGGACAAGGCGGAUGAUAUGCCUCUCUUGGCUGAAUUAAUUUUACGACCACGCGACGGAAUUCGAGUCCACUUGACUCCUAAAUUUCCAACAGGGUCACCAGUGAUUUAAAAAACAUGGGGUAACUGCCUUAUUUAGUCACACAAAUGGUUAACCUAUUUGAUGUAAAAAAUCGCAAUCUAAUCUAAUAAACAACCCAAAAAAUUCCUUUCGCAUUUGCUUUGUUUCUACCCUCCAUUCUUCCUUGGGUGUGUGAAACGAUCAGAAGAUAUCAAUAGCUGAUGUAAUUAAUUGACCUUGGUUUAUACUUGUUUGAUCAAUUAAUCCCAAAAUUUCGUAAC